GAGGUAGGAAGUAUAAAACGGGGUGGGCCUGUUGUCAUGGGGGAGGUGGUGGCGCUUGGUGGCUUCUGGCGGCCGAGGUAGAGACAGUGGCGCUGGAGUUGGUCGGGGGCAGCGGCAGAUUUGGGCCUUAAUCAACUUCUAGGGAAGAGGACCAGUGCCUCUGUUCUUGCAACCAAAGAUCUUGAUCCAUAUCCAGAGAUUGGAAUAUUGGUGGACCAGCCAUCCUCAGACACACCUGACUUAGGACAACCCCUGGAAACCAACAUUCUACUUUCUGUCUAUGAAUUUGACUAAUCUAGGUACCUCAUAUGAGGAAACUGAGGCUUGGUGAAGUUACGAAACUUGUCCAAAGUCACACAGCUUGUAAAGGGCACAACCAAGAUUCAGAGACAGAGAGGAAAGGAGAGGGAGAGAGAGAUAGAAACAUCAAUGAUGAGAGAGAAUCAUUGGUUGGCUGUCUCCUGCAUGCCCCACCCUGGGGAUCGAGGCUGCAACCCAGGCACAUGCCCUUGACUGAAAUCGAACCCAAGACCCUUCAGUCCGCAGGCUGACACUCUAUCCAUUGAGCCAAACCAGCUAGGACUAGAGGUUGUAAAAAUUAAAAUGAACAAACUACGGCAAAGUUUCAGGAGAAAGAAAGAUGUUUAUAUUCCAGAGGCCAGUCGUCCACAUCAGUGGCAAACAGAUGAAGAAGGGGUUCGUACCGGAAAAUGUAGCUUCCCAGUUAAGUACCUUGGCCAUGUAGAAGUUGAUGAAUCAAGAGGAAUGCACAUCUGUGAAGAGGCUGUAAAAAGAUUGAAAGCUGAAAGGAAGUUCUUCAAAGGCUUCUUUGGAAAAACUGGAAAGAAAGCUGUUAAGGCAGUCCUGUGGGUAUCAGCAGAUGGACUCAGAGUUGUGGAUGAAAAAACUAAGGACCUCAUAGUUGACCAGACAAUAGAAAAAGUUUCUUUCUGUGCACCAGAUAGAAACUUUGAUAGAGCCUUCUCUUACAUAUGUCGUGAUGGCACCACUCGGCGCUGGAUCUGUCAUUGCUUCAUGGCUGUCAAGGACACGGGUGAAAGAUUGAGCCACGCUGUAGGCUGUGCUUUUGCGGCCUGUUUAGAACGUAAGCAGAAGAGGGAGAAGGAAUGUGGAGUGACUGCUACUUUUGAUGCCAGCCGGACCACUUUUACAAGAGAAGGAUCAUUCCGUGUCACAACAGCCACUGAGCUAGCAGAAAGAGAGGAGAUUAUGAAGCAAAUCCAAGAUGCCAAGAAAGCUGAAACAGACAAGACAGUUGUUGCUUCAUCAGUGGCCCCUGGCAACACUGCCCCAUCGCCGUCUUCUCCCACUUCUCCCACUUCGGAUGCCACUGCCUCUCUGGAGAUGAACAAUCCUCACGCCAUCCCACGCCGCCAUGCUCCAAUUGAGCAACUUGCUCGCCAAGGCUCUUUCCGAGGAUUUCCUGCUCUUAGCCAGAAGAUGUCACCCUUUAAACGCCAGCUUUCCCUGCGCAUCAACGACUUGCCUUCCACUAUGCAGAGGAAGACUGAUUUCCCCAUAAAAAAUGCAGUGCCAGAGGUAGAAGGGGAAGCAGAGAGUAUCAGCUCCCUGUGCUCACAGAUCACCAAUGCCUUCAGCACACCCUCCGAGGAUCCCUUCUCAUCCGCCCCAAUGACCAAACCAGUGACAGUGGUGGCACCACAGUCUCCUACCUUUCAAGCUAAUGGCACUGACUCAGCCUUCCAUGUGCUUGCUGCUAAGCCAGCCCAUACUGCUCUAGCAUCCGUAGCAAUGCCUGUGCGUGAAACCAACCCUUGGGCGCAUGCCCUUGAUGCUGUUAACAAGGGAAUUGCAGCCACACAUUCGGGGACCGAGUGGGGUCAAUCUUCUGGUGCUGCCUCUCCAGGUCUCUUCCAGGCUGGUCACAGACGUACUCCCUCUGAGGCUGACCGCUGGUUAGAAGAGGUGUCCAAGAGCGUCCGGGGUCAGCAGCCCCCAGCCUCAGCUGUCCCACUGCAGCCAGCCCUCCAGCCGCCGCCACCCACUGCCAUCUCCCAGCCAGCGCCACCUUUCCAAGGGAAUGCAUUCCUCACCUCUCAGCCCGUGCCAGUGGGUGCGGUCCCGCCCCUACAGCCAGCCUUUAUCCCUGCCCAGGCCUAUCCUGUGGCCAAUGGGAUGCCCUAUCCAGCCCCUAAUGUGCCUGUGGUGGGCAUCACUCCCUCCCAGAUGGUAGCCAAUGUGUUUGGUACUGCAGGCCACCCUCAGGCUGCCCAUCCCCAUCAGUCUCCCAGCCUGGUCAAGCAGCAGACAUUCCCUCAGUAUGAGACAAGCAGUGCUUGUGCCAGUCCCUUCUUUAAGCCUCCUGCUGAGCACUUCAAUGGUUCUGCAGCUUUCAAUGGUGUAGACGAUGGUAGGUUGGCCUCAGGAGACAAGCACACAGAGGUUCCUAUAGGCACUUGCCCAGUGGAUCCUUUCGAAGCCCAGUGGGCUGCAUUAGAGAGCAAGUCCAAGCAGCGUACUAACCCCUCCCCCACCAACCCCUUCUCCAGUGACCUACAGAAGACGUUUGAAAUUGAACUUUGAGCAGUCCCCAUGGUUUAUGUAUUUUGUCUGUAUUUAGGCAAGGGCAGGGGGAGGGUGAAGGUCAAAGGAGACUUUGUGUUCCCCAUAGCACACUUUUCACUAAUCCCAAAGGUCCCAAAGAGCAUGUCCAGGUGCGGAGUGCUGUGUGGGGUGAUUUUUGAAAAAAGUGAGAAAACCAUUCCUAGAGAAGAGCUGUCCUGUGAGGCUAAAGAAGUCAAGAAAAUGUUGCCCUUUGUCCCCCUCCUGCCUCAGCCCCUUACAAAUCUCUGACAACAGAGAGGCAGAUGUAUCUGAACAGGAAUCUGUAUUCAAAGCACAUUUAAUGGAAUAUAGAACCCAACGGGAAGCAAAACGAUCUCCCUUUUUUUUUUUCAGGCCAUGCACCUGCCUCCUCUCAAUACUGGCCCAUCUUAGAGAUUGAGAAUAGGAUGGCCUAUGCUUGGGCCGAGGACAAGAGGCAGGCGGUGCUGCCAGAAUCCCAGGAGGGCGCAUCAGCAGCUGCCCCAGCAGAGCUAUAUUUUAGGGGUAAAGUUGAGCUUCCAUUUUGAGUAAGAAUAAAUAUUAUAAAUAUAUAUCAAAAAAGCCAAAUCUUUAUUUUUAUGCAUUUAGAAUAUUUUAAAUAGUUCUCAAUAUUAAAAAGUUGUAUAAGUUGUAAGUAAUCUUGCCAAAGGUAAAAGGGUUAGCUGUAAGAAAUUGUACAUAAGAUUGAUUUAUCGUUGAUUUCUACUAAAGUAAAAGGGGAAAAGCUGGAGGUGCAGACCGGAUCCCUCGCUUAUUUGGUAUCAGUCAUUGUAAGUAGAGUAGCACAUUGCAACAACAAUCAUGCUUAUGACCAAUACAGUCACUAGGUUGUAGUUUAAAUAAAGAAAAUGAAAGAGUAGUAUUGUCCUGGUUUUAAACCUAUGGUGAAAUUCUAAUAUUAUUUUAAUGGAAUCAGUCUAAAUAUGCUCUAUAGAGAAUAUGUAUUUUCUUUUAUAUAUUGCUGCAGUUUCCUUAUGUUAAUCCUUUACUUGUUUUAACACUAAGGUGACAAUGACAUCAUAUGCAUAGACUGGAACGCAGGUUAUUCUGUUGGUUUGUCAUGUGGGUCUUGGUGGGUUUUGUUUUGUCCUUUAAGUGUGUUCCCAUGAGUUUUGUGGGGAUGGAGUUUCUGGUUUUAUUAGGUGUGUGUGUGUGUGUGUGUGUGUGUGUGUGUGUGUGUGUCUCCGUGUGUGUCCUCGUUCCCCCUCCCUUGUGGACAGAACAUCCCGUUGCCAGUUGCAGCCACUUGACCUCUGGUAACAACGUGAGAUCCCAUCUCAUUUUUACUUUUGAACGUUGGCCUUACAAUCAAAUGUAAGUUAUAUAUAUUUGUAUUGAUGAGAAUUUAUAAUCUGCUUUAACAAAAAUAAAUGUUCGUGGUAGAA